UGGGGGGGUGGUGUCAGCUGGUCAUCAACCCAAGCUGGCCCAGUCCGGGCGACUCCAGAUCUCGCUGCUGCCCGACCCAGGUAGGACUCCAGAAGCUGGGGAGGCGGGCAGGGUACAGCUGGCAGCCUCCCGGAGGACAAUGCACCCAGCUCUUGGCCAUCCCCGCUCGGUCUCUGUCUUGUCCUGGUCCAGCUCUGUCCUGCCGCUCCCAGCCGCCACCGGGUCGCAGCCCUUUUUCCUCCAGGGGGGUUUCCCUCGUGGCGGGAGAGGCUCCAGCGACAGCAACACCAGCACCAGCGCCAGUACCAGCCUGGGGGAAAGCCGCGGCGGGAGCAGCGGUUCCCCCAGCAGCAGCACCGGCGCAGAGCGGGAGGACAACCACAACCAGAGCGUCAGUAUACGCAAACCACUGGUUCCCACUGCCGCCACUGCCGGGAUCGCGGGACCCCUAGCCCCAAACGCUGACCCAGCAGCGCGUGUGGCUUUCUCCUCCUCGGCCGCCACCCCCUCCUCCACGCCCACCUACUCCUGCAGCAUGACAGCAGCGGACGUCAGUGGGAGUGCUGCCAGGGGCAUCUUCAGUGGGGGUGCUGCCGGGAGUGUUGGGGGCCCCGGGGCCCGCUUGGCUGGGGUUACCACCGGUGGCGCAGGGACCAGCAGCGGCGCCUCCUGCUGUUCGUGCUGCUGCUGGUGUAGCCACAAGGCCCUGGCACCGCCAGACUACAGAGGUCAGCAUCACAGUGGCGGCUGCGCCCCUAGUUCGGGGUGUCGUUGGGGCUACCAGGUACUGUCCGUGGUGCUGCUUUUGGCACAGGGAGGGCUACUAGACCUGUACCUCAUCGCAGUCACCGACCUGUACUGGUGUUCCUGGAUUGCCACCGACCUGGUGGUGGUGGUGGGCUGGGCCAUCUUCUUCGCCAAGAACAGCCAGGGCCGUCGGGGCAGUGCUGGGAGCCAUCACCAGCACCACAAUCAUGCCUCGCCGCCUCUGCACCUGCCCGCUGCUUCCAUUGGGGCUGCAGCAGGGACCAAGGCUCACGGUGGCUGCAGGGGCUCCGGAGGUCCAGGGGGUGGUUUAGGGGCGGCUGAGGCGGUGGGCGAGUUCGCCUUCGCCUACCUGGCCUGGCUCAUCUACUCCAUCGCCUUCACGCCGAAGGUGGUGCUCAUCUUGGGCACGUCCAUCCUGGACCUCAUUGAGCUGCACGCACCCCUGGGCACCACAGGCUUCCGCCUUACUAUGGCGCUGUCGGUGCCUCUGCUCUACAGCUUGGUGCGGGCCAUCAGCGAGGUGGGCACUCCCCUGAGUUCAACAGGCCCCUUGAUCCUGCAGCCCCAGCAACACCGCGCCUCGGGAUGUUUCCUAGGCACGUGUCUGGAUCUGCUUGACAGCUUCACCCUAGUGGAGCUGAUGUUGGAAGGCCGCGUGCCACUCCCCACACACCUUCGUUACCUGCUCAUCAUAGUUUACUUCCUCACCCUCUCCUCGCCCGUGCUUUGGCUGUAUGAACUCAACGCGGCAGCAGCCGCAGCCGCAGCCGCAGCCGCAGCUUUGUCCUGGGACCAAACUCCUGGACCUGGCAGCUGCAGCCGCCUUCUGCGCCUACUGGGCGGCUGCCUGGUGGACGUGCCCUUGCUGGCGCUGCGCUGCCUCCUGGUGGUGAGCUACCAGCAGCCCCUCUCCAUUUUCAUGCUCAAGAAUCUCUUCUUCCUUGGAUGCCGUGGCCUGGAGGCCCUAGAAGGCUGUUGGGACCCUGGAAGUCCAGCUUCUUCCAGUCGGGCUUCUUCCAAUCGGGCCCGAGGGUGCUACGGCGCUCCACCCUCUGCCCCGCCUCCACUGCCACCUCCACCACCACCUCAGGGAGACUCUCAGCUGAGUCUCUGUAUCACAGAGAACAAUGAGGCAGGGGCCCAUGGCUAUGUCAACACCCUAGAUGUGGCCUCACAGAAUUAAGGGGAAUAAAGGAGGUAGGGCUUGCUUUUCAGUUGAGAGACCUCAGCUCCCUUGUCCUCUAACCUUCUCUCACCCAGGUUACAUCAAGAUUUGUUUAGAAGAGGUAACUGUUGUCCAGCCCAAGUGGCUCUAGUGGUUGAGCGUGGACCUAUGAACCAGGGAGUCAUGGUUCGAUCCCCCAUCGGGGCACAUGUCCAGGUUGAAGAUUCAAUACCCAGUAGGGGGGUGUGCAGAAGGCAGCUGAUCAAUGAUUCUCUCUCAUCAUUGAUGUUUCUAUCUCUCUCUCCCUCUUCCUUCCUCUCUAAAAUCAAUAUAUAUAUUUUAAAAAGAACAGGUAACUGUUAAUAGAGUUAAGGGCUAGUGUGUCCUUUUGCACUCCUUGGGUCAAGACUGCUUGGAGGAAGACCAGCAGCUAAUAGUGAGGGAGGAGGGUCCACUCACUCUAUUCUCCCUUCUCCAUGCCUGACCCUAAUUCUCACUUCUAAGAGUCUGGAUACCUCUUCUUCUUGCUUUUGCCACCUCUAACCUAAUUCCUAGCCAUUGUGUGGAGGAGGGAGGAAUGGAGGAAAGGAGGUGCCCAGGCACAGGGUGCUGGGCCUUAGGCCUUCUGUCUUACUUAGAAGUGCCAGCUUCUCUUAGGCUGUGGUUAAUGACCAUUUCCCAUGCCUUGAAAUUGACUCAGAAUCCACUGUCCCCUCAUGUGUUUAUUGGAUUUCUUCCAAAUGGUAGAUGCAAAGUCUAUGUCUCUAUGUACGUGUAGUAUUAUUUUCUUAUGUCUACCUUGUGGCCGGUUGCAAUCAGUAGGAGAACUGGGGGGGGGGGCCCAGCCCACUAUACAUACCACCACCCUCCUUGUUCCUACCUAAACUUGUGGCAAUAAAUUCCCAGAAAGAGCUGGGCUCCUGGGAGCUGCCCAGUUUCUCUUCUUCAAGAGAGAAGCUCACCCAGGAUCUUCCUCUCUUCUCAGCUUAUGGAAAAGAGAGUGUCAGACGAUUCAUAUUCUAAGGACCAAACUGCACCCUUUCUUGGGAGAAUGGCAUUUCUACCUCCAUGCUUUUGACUUUUGUUGCAUCAUGCACUGAUGCUGCUUGCAAAAAAUAAAGACAAAAUACUUGGCAGUUGCAUUCAACAUGGUCACUGGAUCCAGGUGGGAUUUUGAUGUCAAGGUUGUUACAAGGUCUGUGGAGUAUCAGCCAUUGGCUUGGCUGUCUCUCUCCCUAUGCAUCCAUAUCUCUUUUCCCAAGGUUUGUUAUUGGCUCAGUCAGAUCUUGGCUCAGAACAGCACCCUUUGUGGGGUUCCUGGAUAGAUAUGAAGUUGGGUCUCUCAUAGGCCCACCUGUCCUCCCUGUAGGAAGUUUUGUGAAGACCAGAAAUGGUGGUGGUCAUUUUUGUCCUUUGCUCUGUUAAGAGAAUCUCCAGGGAAAAUGCAGGCUUCAUGGAAUAGGGUAGGCAAACCCACCACUGCCCAGUCUUUCUCUCUGGUAUUCCUCUUGUUGAGGUUGAUGAGAAGGGACAUUCAGGGGUUUCCCACUAAUAGUCUUAAUGUGGGCAUCACUCUUGGAAUCUUGGAGGUAGAAUAAGUAAGAAUAAGUAUUUUUAGGGGAGGUAAGCGUGCAAUUGGAAGCAAGACCAGGAAAUACUCUCCUCCACCCCACAAUAGGAUAGAGGGGUGAAAUUGUAAGAAUUUUUGUUUCACUUUCACUUUCUUAUGCUCGGGAAGUUCUGUGUGGUGUAGUAAACCCGGGACAAAGGAUCAGAAAAAUCAUGGAUUUUAGUUUUGACUGUCACUUUUGCUUUCUGGGCCUCAGUUUUUUUUACAUGAGAUCACUUUUUCCCAACUUCUUGGGGGCUUGGUGACAGAAAACACCCAUGUGGA